UUUUUUUUUUUUUUUUUUUUUUUUUUGCAACUGAAAACUUCAUGCAGUUUUAAUUACAAUAUGAGCACUUUUAAGCAAUAGCUGUCAGGCACAUUGUGUCACUCUGCAUUUUAUUGAAAAUCAACUUUGAUAUUUUUGUAUUUUGUUAAAAAAUAAUAACUGAAAGUACAAACAUUUGUCAGGACAAAUCAUUUAGAAUAGUUUAAAUGGAGAAUAAUACACCUUAAUGGGUAGUUUUUUUUUUUUUCUUUGCUUGAGGGGUUAAGAUUUUUUAUGCUUAUAUUUCCUACUUUUAUAUAAUUUAAACUUUUUUUCAAAUAAAUUGUUUGUUUUGAUAAAUUUAUUUCAUUUAUAGUUUAGAACUUUCUUUGUCUUGGUGUGAAGACACUAUUUUCAUCAAUAUUAUACAGAUCAAUAUAAAUUUGAAGGUACAGAGUUUUUUUAAAUAUAGGGUUGUUUGAAUGAUGAGAUUUAGCGUGGCAGUAGUCUCAGAAGAUGACUUUAAAGCAAAGAUGACAGAAAAUCAAGAGAUUCAAAGCGUAGUCGAUCAAGAUCAAAAGAUCGCAAAAAAAAAAGCCGGUCCCGCUCUCGAGAUAGAAGAAGACAUGAAAGGAGGUCAAGAUCUCCGAGAAGGAGAAGUCGUUCAACUUCUUAUGAACGCCAAAGAAGUAAUAAAUAUGGCAAGUCCAUCAAAAAAAUCCAAAGUAGAUCUGUCAGAGAUUCGUAAUGCACUGAAAACAUUUUAUAAAAAUAAUUUUGAGAAAGUUCCUGAACUACAACCGCCGUUAACAACACCCAUCAAGGUAAAUGUUUUAAAAAAGUUUGUGGAUCUUAACAUUGUUGAUGGAGUUCAUGUCCGGAAAGAUGCUCACAUUGCUAAUCGUGAACAGUAUUGUAGUAAACAAAGCAGUUAUGUACCUAUCCAGUAUGAUGAGUUAUUUAAGGAAGUAGCAUCUUUAACCUUGAUUACAGGAAUUGCUGGAAUCGGAAAGACAUGGCUACUACGAAAACUAUUGAUCGAUUGGUCAAAUGAUACAAUUUUAAAAAAUGUUGAUCUUGUGUUCUAUUUGGAGUGCAGAAAGCUUAAUAAAUGCCAAAGUAUUUUUAAAAUAAGAGAUUUGCUAGAACAUUUUUAUGGAGAUAUUUUACACAAUUUUAAAAUUUCUUAUAACUCAAUAAUGUUUAUAAUUGAUGGUUUAGAUGAACUUAAAUACUUUGAUGAUAUAAUAAAACACGAGUCCAAUAAAUCUUCUUCCUCAGAUUUUUUGACCUCAGAAAAAUUUACUCAAGUGUUGACUAAAAUAUUAAAACACAAAGCAAUUGUUGCAGGGAGAUUAGAUGUUAUAUGGAGAUAUGAAAGUAUAAAUACUGAAGAAAAUAGUAAGUUACUACAAGUAAUGGGUUUCAAUCAAAAUGGAGUAAAUCAUUAUAUAGAAAGAAAUGUGUGUGAUAAAGCAAAAGAAAGUAUCAAAAGAAUUCUUAACGAUUCCCGUAUUGCAAAAGAAAUGUCAUCUGUGCCAUUUUUUUUAUCUUCUCUUUCUAAAAUUUUGGAACUGAAGAAAAGUGGUCAUUAUACUGUAUUAACCAUGACAGACUUAUAUGCUAGUAUUUUUUUUUACUUCUGGCAAAAACAUAUCGACAAAAGCAAUGAACCAGUUUAUAAGAUAAUGGAAAAUGAUAAUACAAAACAAAAAGUUUUUAACCUUUGUAAAGUUGCAUAUUAUUUGUUCACAGAAAAUAAGUUAACUUUUACGCAGGAAGAAAUUAUGAAGAGUUUUGAAAAUUCUUUUGAUAAGGUGUUAAAGGAUUUAUCUUUUCAAAUUAGUUUUAAAAAUUCUUUUAAUCAGUUUAAUGGUUUCAUUGAAGGCAUUGAAACAAAUUUUGGUUAUCGCUAUCAGUUUGUUCAUUUUACAUUCUUGAAUUUUUGUGCCUCUGUGUAUAUGUUUAAUAAUUGGAACUAUAAAGAGAUUACUACGAAAUUGUACAAAUUGUUACCCAUUAUAUCUGGAUUGUGUAAUAAAAAUAAAGAAAGUUUUAUACGAUUCUUAGCUAACUUAAAAAACAGAAGUAUCAUAUCUUUAAUUCCCCAGAUUUCAAAUUUAAAAAUAGAAGUAUUAUUAAAUAUGUUAGAUUUCAAAAAUGUUUCUUGCUUGAACAUCGUAAGCCUUAACAAAGUAAUCAAGGCAUGUCUUUAUGAAUCUCAAGCAACAAAUGCAGAUAUCAAAGAAAUUGAUGAGAAGUUAUGCCAGGUUUUGAUACCAAAAAAAACAAAUUAUGAAGUUACUUGUGAAAGGUAUUUUUUAGAGCACUUUAUAAGUUUCAGGAAAAAGUUAAAGCGUUUAACUGUUGGCAGUAUUUUUGAUAACAUAACAGAGUUAACAAAACGUGAAGAAAAAUUAUUGACAAAAUGUUUAACAAAUGUUAUUAAGGUGGCGCUUUAUGAUCCAUUUAAAAUUAAUAAUUGGAAAGCAAUCAAUAAAAUCGAAUCUUUAUGCAUCACAUGUUUUGAAGAAAUAUCAAAAGAAAAAUUUCAAAAUUAUCUCCCUUGGUUUAGUAAUUGUAACAACCUAACUAUUAUUCUUCAUAAUGAUAUUGAUUUCUUAGAAGAUAUAUAUUGGUGGAUUCAAACUUUUUCUUUCAAAAGCUUAGAAAUAAAAUAUCGUGAACAUAUUUUCCGAAAUCCCAAUGAAUUUAAAGGCUUUUUAUAUAUGACGCCAAAAAAUAAAUUUAUAAAAUGAGUUUUGAUUAUGGUGAAAGUUUUUUUUUUUUUAUGAAGUUAUAUCUAGUUCUGGAAUUCCUUUUUGUGAUUUAUAUAACUAAUCAAAGUUUUAAAAUUUUCUUGGCUUAAUAUUAAAUAACAAUUUUUUAUCACUGUAAAUAGUAUUA